UGUCAGCGAGCUGAACAGCUGUCAACAACAAAUUUUGCGUACGCUUCUGUUCCGAAAUUUUACGUAAUUUGUAUUGUAAUAGCCGCCGAUUGCUUGCAAAUUGUCGAAAAAUGUCGCUAAUACGUCAAGUGCUGUGCCGUGCGGCACCCACAUUGCAGUUCACUGCACGCUUCGCAUCCUCGAAAGAUAUUGCACCCAUUGAUCCCAACACGGCCUUGGCUCGUCCCGAGGAUGUCGAGCAGCGCAACAAGCUGAGCGGCAAGAUCACGGUACCCGUUGCCGUCAAUCUCAGCGCCAUUUCCGGCGUGCCCGAGGAGCAUGUGAAGGAGCGUCGUGUCCGCAUCCAUGUGCCGCCAAAGAACGCGAUGCAAAGCGGCACCGAUAACAUCCACACCUGGCAAAUCGAAUUCGAUAACCGCGAACGCUGGGAGAAUCCCCUCAUGGGCUGGGCAUCCACCGGUGAUCCACUUUCCAACAUGAAUGUGGAGUUCGGCAGCAAGGAGGAGGCAAUCACCUACUGCGAGCGCAACGGUUGGCGUUGGUACGUCGACGCCGAGCAGAAGCCGAAGAAGGAGCGCGUCAAGAACUAUGGCGUCAACUUUGCCUGGAAUAAACGCACACGCGUCUCCACCAAGUAAACUGCCAAGCUUCGAGGCUCACAGCAAUAACAGAAAUUACGCGUUAUAAAUACUAUAAUUACAAUUGUUUUUUUUUUUUUCGCUACUAUUAAAACUGAAACUAUA